AUGACUGUAAAAAAUAAACUCAAAAAAAGUCAAACAGAUGUGUUAAUAAUCGGUGCGGGUCCAUCAGGGCUAAUGAUGGCAUGUUGGUUGGCAAGAACAGGAGUGCCAUUUAGAAUUAUCGACAAGCGUACUAAUGAGAUCUAUGCUGGUCAAGCUGAUGGAUUGCAAAGUCGAACUUUGGAGGUCAUGCUGAGUUUUGGCUUUGGUGAAAGAGUAUGGAACGAGGCCAACCGCAUGCCCUAUAUGUCGUUCUGGUGCCCAGACGAAAACGGGGAGUUGAAUAGAGACAGUACCAUUCCAGACUGCAUUCCAGGAAUUUCCCGUUUUCAACAGUGUGGAUUGCACCAGGGCCGCAUAGAGUGGUUUUUUGGUGAAGCUAUCAGCAAGUGGUCAUGUGGUAAAGCCGCGGUGGAAAGACCUCUCUUACCACUAUCUAUCAAGGUGGAUGAAACGACAGCAGAAGAUCAUGAGGCCUAUCCAGUAAGCGUUCUCCUAAAGGACUUGAGUAAGGGAAAUGAGAAAGAAAAGUUGUCAGUACCUGAACAAUAUGGUAAUAGCACUCAAAAUGGACUCUACAGACAGUUUGAGGGUGAUCAAGAAAAAUUUUACAAGGAUCUUACGAGUGACAUUGAAACUACUGACUCUGUCGACAAGGAUGAAUAUGAA